UUUGGACUGUCUGCUUUGUAUUGUCAGUCAGUUCCAUUUAAGUCCAGUAGUCAAAGUAAACAAUUUAGAUGAAAAUCAAGGAAUUGAGAUUUAAAUAGUUUCAACUACAACGUUGCUCUGUUGUGCAUUUCAUGGGAGAACUUCAAGCCACAGUUGAGAUCUCAGUUGAGCUACACAAGUUCUUCAAUGUCGACCUAUUCCAACGAGGGCUGUACCAGGUCCAGGCCUGUCUUCAGGUAUCUCCCAAGCUCCUCCACCAGAUUGAGGUGACAUGCGAAGAGCCGUCGCCCAACGCGCACGCGCACACGGCGGUGGCGGCGGCGCGCACCGAUCAACAGCGUGCCGUCAGUCAGACCUUCCAGAUCCUCUAUCGCAACGAGGAGGUGGUGCUGGAGGAUGUCUUCAGCUUCAAGGUGCACCUCGUCAUCGAUGCCAAUAAGCUGGUGGAGAGCCUGGAGCGGGCCGGCCUCCAGCUGCUGGUGGAGCUGCACUUCUCCGAGAGCAGCGACACCAGCCCGCAGACGAGCACGGCGGCCAUGCAGCUCGUCUCCAGCCGCACGCUGAAACUGCACUUUUCGCCACUCAGGGGCCUGCACUACCACCUGCCGGUACUGUUCGACUAUUUCCACCUGGCGGCCGUCUCUCUGACGUUUCACGCGGCACUGGUGGCCGUCCACCAGCCGUACAUCGAUACCCCGCGACCCAAGCCGUGGUACUCGUCACCGAAGGCGUCGGGACCCCGCGGUCAGCCAGCCUUCUCUACCAUGGAGACGGUCAUCUUCGGACCGCAGGCGGGCUGCUCGCCCAGUUCGCGGCUCUCGCACGCCCGUUCAGUGCACCGGUCCGUGUGCUCCCUGCUGUUGGCCAGCUACGAGUCACUGCAGAGUCAGCUGGCCGUGGUGAACCGUCUGAUGCCGGCCUGGCAGCGGCUGCCCACGGCCGCCACCGACUGCCGACACCGGCUCGACAAACUCUCCGAGACGGCCAAGUCGGCCGGCGGCGAGGAGGACCUGAUGGCCGUGGCCAACAGCGACAUCGCCCAGCUGUGUGCCGAGCUGAUCCUACUCUGGCAGCAGUUCAUGGAGCUGGCCUGUCGGCGCGAGCAGGUGCGCCGGUCACUGGCGCGCCAGCACCACACGCUCAGGGUUAAGCGAUUCGCUGAGGCGUUUUUCACCAUGGACAACCCACGGUCGGCAGCCACCGGGUGUUUCGACAACGCCCCGCAGCGGUACAUGGCAGUGACGGAGGCUGUGCGACGGUCCCCCUACUUACAGAGCCUGCCACCCCUGCCUGUCGAGUGUGCCGAGCUGGACGGGGACCCGGCCAGUACUCCGGUCAUCUACGAGGACCAGUAUCAGCACGUGUCCGAGUUUGUGCGCCGUCGCAGGCAGGUCGGCCGCACCACACAAGUUGCGAACGACCCGCGCGCCAUCACCGCUGCCCUGGUGGAGGAGCUGCGCACGGCCUCCACGCUGCCGGCCGCCGAGCCGCGCUCCUCGCAGCGCGGCCAGUCGAUCGAGGUGCUGCAGAGGGUGCCGCCGACCGGCGCCGCCAGCCCGGCCGUGGCCGACGCCGCCCGCUUCGUCAGUCUGAACGGACUGACGCUCGACGAGCCGGCGACGCCGCCGCCGCCGCUGCCCAGAGUGGACGAGGCGCGCAAAGGCGACCGUCCGGCCGGCGACGGCAGGGCCGCCACCGUGGGUGUGGCCUCGCCCGAGCCCAAACACUUCCUCAAGGAGAAACUGAAGAACAGCAUACGGCUGGAGCUGCGCCUGCCGGUGGGCCAGCGGCAGCCGCGGCCGGCCGGCGGCGCCGUCUCACCCGAGUCGUCAGUGACUGUCUGCAGUGAGUCGGAUACCUCGCUGGUGGUCCGACCGCGCGCCGGCAGCACCGGCUCGGUACAGCGCGGACGGAUCGUGGCCAAACGCUGGACGCCGGAGGCCGGCGGCGGGCCGGACCCGGCCGAGCUGACCGAGCCGACCGACACGGACGCGGCGGUCAGCUCCCAGUUGUCGGAGCCCAGCUCCAGCGGCAGCUCGGCUGACGGCGACACGAACGGCGCCGGCCGGCCGCCGCGCGGCACUGGACUCAAGGCGCGCCUGGCGCGGCUGGGACGGCCGCCCGCCUCCGUCCUCCCGCCCAGACAGUUCCGGGACCCGCCGCCAGCCGGCAGCACCGGCGCCGAGUCGCUCUCCAAGAGCGCCAGCCUGCAGUUCCGACCCAAAUCGAACCGGGGCGGCUCUCAGUCUGCCCGAUCCAGCGGGGAGUUCGAGGGAGACUCGGUCUACGGGAGCCUCUCUGAUAUCGACACCGCCAGCUGCGCUGGCAAGCAGAAGCGGCUCAGUCUGCGCAUGCUCAGCGGAGCGCAGUCCAUCGGCAGUCUGAUGGCCCGGAAAGAGUCGAGGAAGAAGCGGCGCAGCGUCCAGGAGGCAGAGGACAGGUACCGGGUGAGCUCUGAGCAGCCGCCGCCGGCCUGUACCGUGCUGGAGAUGUUCAGCGACGGCUUCGGCACGCGGCUGGAGGACGAGGACGAGCCGGAGACGACGAGCAGCGUGACGACUAGCCUAGACCUCCGGCGCGGCCUGCCGCCAGUCGGCGCGGGCCGAUCCUCCGUGGCCGGGCCGGCGCGACCUCCGCCCGGUCAGCCGGCCGGCCGCGGCGACCCGCGCGCCUCCCGAGAGGGCCGCAACGGCCGAGAGGUGUCCUGUGACUGCUACUCUGCCCUCGACGGCGGCGACGCGGCACUCCGCCAGCGCCUGGUGGCCGCCGUCGGCGAGCGCACCUUCCACUUCAUCACGGCCAAGGAGCAGUUCAAGGACCAGCUCAAGGGCAGGUUUCCCGGCGUGUUAUACAGUGACUACAUGGGCGUGGUGACGUCUCUACCGUACUUCCUCAUCCCGGACGAGUACCGGCUGUUCAGCUCGUCGGGUCUGCACCUGGUCGUGUGUGUACACGGCUUGGACGGGAACGCGGCCGACCUGCGACUGGUGCGCACCUAUCUGGAGAUCGGACUGCCCGGCGCCAACCUCGAGUUCAUCAUGUCCGAGCGAAACCAGGGAGACACGUUCUCCGACUUUGACACGCUGACGGACCGACUGGCCGAGGAGAUCUCCUACCACAUCGAGGCCUUCCACCUGGCGCCGCAGCGCAUCAGCUUCGUGGGCCACUCGCUGGGCAACAUCAUCAUCCGGAACGUGCUGACGCGUCCGCAGCUGGCGCCGCACCUGGACAAGCUGCACACCUUCCUCAGCCUGUCGGCGCCGCACCUGGGCACACUGUACAACAACAGCGGACUGGUCAACAUGGGCAUGUGGUUCAUGCAGAAGCUGAAGAAGUCUGGCUCGCUGCUGCAGCUGUCGAUGAAGGACGCUGUGGACGUGCGGCAGACGUUCCUGUACCGGCUGGCGAUGCGCUCCCAGCUGCACCGGUUCCGGCACGUUCUGCUCACGGGCAGCUCUCAGGACAAGUAUGUGCCGAUCCACAGCUCGCGUAUCGACCUCUGCAAGGCAGCCAUCCGCGACCACACCGCCACUGGCGCCGCCUACCGGGAGAUGGUGACGAGCAUCAUCCAGCCGAUCGUGGAGCGUCCCGACGUCUCGCUGCUGCGGUACGACGUGCACCACGCGCUGGCCAAUAACGCCAACUCGCUGAUCGGCCGCGCGGCGCACAUCGCCGCCCUGGACUCUGAGCUGUUCAUCGAGAAAUUCAUGGUCGUCGCCGGUCUGAAGUACUUCAAGUAGCGCUGCGUGGGGCGGGCGGGGAAAGGGUGUCUGUAGGCUGAACGUGGUGAGGUGAUGAGAACUACUUGACUGGGCGAUGUGGUGGAUUUUGGACGCUGGGUUUGCAUUCGUGGGAAGAUGAUUGGGCUUGCGGUGUGAUUCUAUACUUAUGCUCGUCGUGUCUGAUUUUCUCCCCCGUUUUGAGUUCCUCAAAGGCCAAGUAGUUAGUAUGUACACAGCGGGGUAGCAAUAUCGAUACAGAGUGUGACUGACGUGCACUGUUCCUAACGCACCUCCGACCUGCUCCAUAACCCCCCCCCCCCCCGCCCUCCUGCCGAUGCACCGUCCCCGGGUGCCUGAUGGUGCCACUCUGCCGUCCGGGCUCAGCACGCGCUGGCUAGUUUUCGUCUCAGCGGGCACGUCAGACGGACUGCUUUAGCUGCUCCUCUGCUGGUAUUUCGCACCUGCUGAGGACGACAUUGUUUGUGAUUAACAGCUUAUGCAGACAUUACUCGGGGAAAUUGUACUAAGGCGACGAGUUUGUGAUCUUGUCUACUUCAGCCGGUAGCGCUUAUUUUAUCCGCAGCGAGUUGAUUUUUUCCCAUUGCAAUUGAAGAGUCUAUCGACGUCUCUGACCAGUUUUCGCCAUCGUCACUCCCGAUGCGUAAAAGAUGGUUAGCCUGUGCCCCCUUUCCCCUUCCUCCCUCCCUCCCUCCCUCUAACCUCCUUCUUCGGUCGGGCCUCAGAAAUUGGAGCUGAAUGUUCCGUUAGCGGCUCCCCGCCGUCUCAGAUCAGCCAGAGAGCUCUUAGAGACUAUCGACUGCUGGUAUCACCGGGCUGCUUUUUCGACGUCGAGCCGAUAUUUUCAGCUAGCAUGAUCUCUCUCUCUCUCUCUCUCUCUCUCUCUCUCUCUCUCUCUCUCUCUCUCUCUCUCUCUCUCUCUCUCUCUCUCUCUCUCUCUCUCUCUCUCUCUCUCUCUCUCUCUCUCUCCCCUCCCUCCCUCCCUCCCUCCCUCCCUCCCUCCCUUUUCUUUCGUUAUGUAUUUCUGGAUCUUUACCUUUCUCUUUGUCCCUCUAUCCAAUAUUCUGCCCUGUCAGUCUUUCCCUCUUUCCCCAUUGCCUUGUUCUCUCCCUUUCUUCCACCACCCCCCUCUCCCACUCCCGACUCCGCCCACCGCCAAUCUCUCGCCGCUCCUCCUCGAAUUCCAUCCACCGCUCGCGGCCCCGCCCGUUCAGUGUUCCCCGUCUGUCGCGAUGGCAGCCAUGAACUAUAAAUGACCACGAUCACCAUAUUGGAAAAGGAGACUCUAAAAGUGUCUCCACGGCACCUGUUCAGUCCAAAGUGCCGCCUUUGGUCCCGCUCAGAAUAGAACGCUCUCCUCUGUCAGUGUCGCGUCGCAUACUCAGUCCGUAAUGCGCAGUGCCGCGGCCUUGGGUCACCGUUCGGUUAGGUCUCUCUGGCUGUUCAACCUUAAAAGGCUACCAUGAACCAUCGCUUCCUCCCGCCGGUUAUCCAAAGCCGCGGAUCUUAUUGCCACCGCUGACACAGUGUUCUCAGUCUCACAGCUGCUGUCUUCCAGCAGCUGUCUUCAAAUUGCUGUCUUCCCCACCUUACUACCCCUUUUUCAUCCCACCGUCGCUGCUCCUGUCUUCGGCUUCACAGCCGCUGAGCCAGCCACAGCCCAUCACAACUGCCCUUUUCGCCACAGUCGCUGCCUCUUACCACAUCUCAGAGUCACUGCUACUGUUUCUACCCCCCCCCCCCCUCGUUUUCCCCUUGGUUACAGCUUCGUCUUUCAGUUAUUCAUUAUUCUCAUAUGCCUUAUUUUUAUAGAUAUUUCAAUGCACUCUACAGUUCAGUCGAGUCUUGAGUUGUAUACAAUCUUAUUGCGCUGAUAUUUUCUAGCUCUUUCAAAUUAACCGUCUUUCAGUGUAAACAUAUUUCCAUGUUCAUUCUUGAAAACAGUAUCAGCGCUUGGUCGGAGUUUAUCAUGGCAUCUGUUAAGCUAGUCUGGCAUGUCAUUUUAUGCAAAUCCAAAUUGGCUAAGCCACCAGCCAGCUCGACGUCCCGCUUUUAUCAGUAUCUGUGAUGGUAACCAGCGGGUCUGGUCUCCCUGUGCCGCUCUCUGGCGUUCUGUGGCGUGGCUGACGGGUCUGGUCUGAUCUGGUCUGCCGGCGCUGCUCUCAGGCGUUCCGUGGCGUCCGGCCGGUGGCUGCGUGACAUCGAUUUCCGCCUCCGGCGCCGCGCGGUCAUCCCCCAUCGGCGGCCUCAUUGCUCCCGCACGCCAUUCCCGCUCCGAGGCAGGGCCAGCUCUGAGGAACGACAUUCUCUCUCUGAGGCACGGCAUUCUCUCUCUCUCUCUCUGAGGCACGGUCAGCUCCGAGGUAGUGUCCGCUCUGAGACAGGACACGGCCUGCUCUGAGGCAAUAUCCGUUCUAAGACAGGAGGCGGUUCGCUCUGAGACAGCGUACAGUCCUCCCUGAGGCAGACAGUCCGUGGAAGGCAGUCCCACUGAGAAAUGCGGGACUGGCAGCUCAGAUAUCUCGAGUUGCCUCGUCACUAAGACAGCCAUACUCGGAGGGGUCUCAGUAUACAGUGGACGCACCAGGCUCGUCUCCGACAGCGGCGCUGUGUGUCUGUUUGUCUGCAGAUGGGCUGAGGCAGGCCGCUGGGCCGGGUAUAAUGUAACCUACAGUGGCCGGGGAGCAGGAUCAUCCAGAACAGAUUGCCGGCGGCAGCUGUUAUUCGGGCGUCUCUCAUCUCAAUGGCAGCUUAUAUACUCAGUUACAGACUGUGAGGUUGUUUGUUUCAGUGUUAUUCUUUCCGAUGGUUUCAGACGGUGUACCUCGGCGUGGGUCCCGUCCCUUUCCUCCGCACCCUCCCUCUUUCUCCCCUCUCGCUCUCAGGUGCUUCUUCGUACAACCAUUAUGAAAUACUGCAACUUUGGUGACCUCCAAUCGCCACUCACCUUAGUUCUUUGACCGGUGUCUACCUCAACAAGGCGUGCAGGGGUCCAUAAGGCCGCAAGUGGCACAGACAGCCUAGAUACCUACCCUUCCCUACCCUACCCCACCCCACCCCAAGCCACCCUACCAGCACGCUCAGACCGACUUCCCUCUUCCCUCCUGCCACCGCCGCCCGUAGCACAUAUGCAAUUGAUUUGUAUUGGCGCGAUAGUCGUUUGGCCUGGGCCCCGGGUACGUUUGCGCCCAUAGGUGCCCCGUCGGCGGCUAUGCGGUGCCGGCCGUCAUCCUUAGCCUCGCCGAUCUACGAGGCGGCGCGCCGGAAUGAGGGCAAGAGGCGCCACGCCGCGUGCCGCCGCCGGCCCUGGCGUGUGCCGUCGUAGUGGCCUGCGUGAGCGGUGCCGGCGUCACUUGUCUCCGGUGGCCGCCUGAGGCCAUCUGGGAGGCACGCGCGCCGCGACAUAUUGACUCACAGACAGACGCGGAAAGAUAGAUAGACACACAGACAUACACGGUAAGACGAGACAUACAGACGCGGGAAGAUACACAGACAGACACGGGCAGACAUAUACAGACACUGACAGACUUGCAGACAUACAGGCAAACAGACAGGCAGACAGACAGACAGACAUACACCAGACGACACACACACAAACUGACAGGCGACUCGGCGGUAGGACGUUCUGGCGGGCGGGCUGUGUACCGUACCGCGCGGGGCGCCAGUGUCCCUCCAGCGACCGGUCGUUCCGCAGUACGGCGCUGUACCGCGUCGUACCGCGCCGGCCGGCCGCCCAACUCACUCUGUCCAGCACCGCACCGCUUCGUCCCCCAUCUGUGAUCACGGCCGAUUCACUCGCUCGGUCCCUCGGCCGGCCGCCAGCGGCCGCAAAGCAGCUCGAACCUCGAGGUCGGCCGGGUGCAAACAUGUUGAGUGUGCCGCAAAGUGGUGGUUUUCUAUUGAAAGCACCCGGCGUAUGCUAAGGCUUAGGUAGUUGUGUAUGUAGAGCUUUAAAGCGGGAUCGUGCGCUCGUCUGUAGACGGAUUUGGUGUGUGUGGUGAAACUGCGGGCGCCCAGUCUGGGCUGCCGACGCUGGAGCGCGUUUUGGGGAUGUCUGCGACUGCUGGCAUGUCUGUGUCUGAUCUCAGAAAAAGAAUGGUGAACGUUUUGGUUCACAGAAUCAGGAUGUGUCGUUCUGUUGAUUUGUGACAUGGUUGAAUGAAUGUUUAGACAAUG